CAGCAGAAGAAGAAGAAGCGGAGCUAAUGGCGUCCUGGUAGCGGAUAGUUUACAUCCACGGACUAACAAUAUGUUUUAAAGUGUUCACACUCGGUCUGUGAGCUCCUGAACUCCUCGCCGUCUCUGUGGUUCCGUCUAGUGAGUCAUGGAGCAGAGGUUCAGCCGCUGGAAGCAGCAGAGUUUAAACAAACUGGACCAGAGUAAGAAAGGAAACCUGGAUAGACAUAUCCAACACGUCGUUUCUCUGAUCAACAGCUGCCAGGAAUACUUCACCACCAGCUCCUGCUCCGGGAGAAUUAUCCUCAUAGACGGGGAUUCACUAUGCAGCGAUGUCCAGAAACAGAACUGUGUCUGGCUGUUUGUCUCACAUGAGAAAUGCACUUCUGACGACCUGAUGUCUGGUCUGGCCGGAUCCAGCGGUGAUGCCGUGUUAAAGUUUGAGCCCUUUGUGCUCCACGUUCAGUGCAGGAGGCUGGAAGAUGCACAGCUGGUGCACUCCGUCGCCGUCAACUCAGGCUUCAGGAACUCCGGGAUCACAGUCGGCAAGACGGGAAAGACCAUCGCAGCGGUUCGUAGCACCCACUGCCUGGAGGUUCCUCUGAGCCACCAAGGAAAGCUUCUGGUUGAACGUGAGUAUGUCGACUUCCUAACACAGAUAGCCAAUCAGAAGAUGGAGGAGAACCUCAGACGGAUACAGAGGUUCUACGAGAACCUCCAGUCAGCCCUGUCCGCAGAGAAACUACAAAAACUACAAAUCCCAGAUCCUCCCGGCUCACAUGAACUUCACGAUCCUCCUCAUAUGCUGGAGACAGAAAACGAAGACAGGAAGGAAUCAGAUGUGUAUAAACGGAGGCGGAAAAGAGAACAGCAUCAGACAAACUGUUGCCAUGGUGACGUGGACAACAGCAUUACAGAGCUGGACGACUGUUUGGAUCUGUUCCUGUGAAAUAGUGGCUCUGAAUGAACGUCACUUUGUCCUGGAGCGGAUUACAGAGCUGCUCAGAUUUGGGUUUUAAGACAGAGAUGACACAAGUUUGACCCUAUGGAAUCACAGGAGUGCCAUAAUAAAAGAUAAAUCUGUUAAAAAACAUAAGGAAAUAAAUGUGUAAAUAUAAAGAGGAAUACAUUUUUUUAAAAGUGGUAAUAUAAAGGUACAUUUUCUCUUUACUUUUCCCCUA